AUGGGUAAAUUGGUCGUCAAACUGAUCGACUCGAGUAUCGACGCCAUCAAUGCAGCUCGAAAUCGCUCAUCUUCCUACUCAAGCCACGAUCCAACUACAAAACGCGAACUUACCGCUGAUCAGAGCGGUGAAUUUGUCAUUGCAGACGACAAGGUAGCCGGCGCGCUCAUCCGCGAAGGAUAUGCAGAGCUUCCAGCGCCCGAUGUGCCCCCUGUCCACACACAAUAUGCAGAACUCCCUGCCUCAUUUUCCAUUCCGGACGGAAAAUAUGCCGAGCUUCUUGGACCCGAAACGCAGCUUCAUGAUAAUUAUGCGGAGCUUCCAAGUGUUUCAUAUGAAGAUAUCGACACCAAGAAGAUCGAAGAACCUCACGCAGUCGAUGGGACCGAUACCAAAUAUUCCCCUGUAGAAAGAGAUAACUGGGACGCGUACAGCGAGUCAAAUUAUUCUCCCGACUUCAAUCGCGGCAUUGACCAAGAUGAAGCGGUCUGGACACUGGAUGAGAAAACACGAUACGCGAGACCCCCGGCAUACGAAGAGUCGGGAAAUCCGCCCAGUCAUGUCUCAAAUGUGCCAGCAGACAACAAGGUCGGCGAAGCUAGAGAGAAGGAGCGACAAGAAAUCGAAAAUAUGGUUCGCGAUCUUCUGGAUAUGGCAGGGCCGCCAAAUUCCUCCACAAGCCAGAUCCCGGGUCCCGUGGUAAUUCCACAACGCAGGCCCGGGUCGAAAUUUCGCGGUUUCGUACGCGCAUAUGCACCUGAAUUGGCAGAUUGCGGCAUCAGCCAGGACAUGUUUCUGGAGUUUCUGGAAGACAUUUACCAGUCAAGUAAAGUCUCUCGAAGCCUCGAAGUUAUCGGUAUCGCAACGGAUAUCGUUACCUGGGUACCUGGAAAGACAGAUGUUAUGACCGAAACGCUCAUGAAAAUAGUGGCUGGGUCAAUUCCUGGGUCGCGAUACCCUGGUCGUGAGCCAACCUUCCUGGACUCGGCCAACGAGUUUAUAUUUAUGCCUCGGGGCCUCUGUGCUAUGGUCGUGGAGUUCAAGGAUAGUGUCUUCGGUCCGCAAGAGGGCCUGCUCAAUCCUCUUUCCCAGAAAAUGGGAAGAACCAUUUUCGCUUCCAAGAAGCUCGAUUUGACCGAGUCGGCUAUGAGCCCCAAAUCAAGCACCGAUCUCUAUGAGGGUACAGCCAACCAAAAGGAUGCAAGUGCGAGCUCUUUCCAGCCAGAAAAUAUGAAGCGCAACUCGAAAGCUUCUCGAAACAAUGUCUCUCUUCAGAUCGAGUUACCCGAAUCUAGGCCGUUGGUGUUUCCCGAUUUAGAUUGCGCUGCCGUGGGGGUCGCCGAAAGAACAGAGAGAACGGAGAGAGCACGACCAGGCGGCAAGGAGAAACACAAAAUGCUGAAGGCGGCAGGUGGUUGGAUUGGUGAUCAAUAUGAGAGAAGGAAAUUAGAGUCAGAAAAGGCAAAUGCUUCACGAAUGUCGUACGGACAUACCUUAAAAUGCUUAAACCCGCAUCAAAAUGACACCAUCCACUCAGCACAUAAUGGCAAGCUCAUAUCGGCCAUUACAGGUGGAAGGCUGGGAAACAAAAGCAAGCCGGGACUGAUCCAUCGUGCUGCAGCUUCCAUCAAGGAAGCUCAAGAGGCCAAACGAGCUACUCGGAGUACGGAUUCGAUUGAAUCAAACUAUGAUACAAGGUGGACGCACUUUGGGAAGGAUAUUAGGAGCCUGAACUCAAUGAAGAAGGUUCUGCAGCCCAAUGUGCAGUAUUUGGUCAUUGUGAAUAUGCCCAGUCAGGAGGAAUUACAGCAAUCGGCUACCAAGCUAGAAUAUAUCAUGAAGGAAAAGGGCUUGCCCAUAGCCAAUGGCUUUGGACAAUAA